GCGCAGAAAGCUCAACGAUAUAAUUUCAUUUUCCAAAAAGAAUAGGACAGACAAAUUUUUCUUUUUUUUAAAUUUUUUUGCUGAAACUUUAUAUAUGUGAUGAAGUGCUAGUCAAAGCGGCGGCAAAAUGGCGACUCUCGCGCAAGAAACAAAUAAUAUGUUUCUUUUUAUAUGCCAACAUUAGAAUUUACAUUUUUCAAAAUAACAUAAUGAAUUACAUUCACGUAGUCGACAUAAUGAGAAAAUUGAGAAUAAGACACGACAAUUUGGUGAUAAAAUUAUAAGGAGGGCUUCUGAUACGAUUUGUUUAAUGGGCAAGCAGGGAGUGAGUAGAACAAAAUGCAUUUGCAUUUCGAAAAGAACAAUAAUGCGAAGUGCGACUGCAAUAUUCUUUCCCUCAGCUGGAUGGGAAAAGUACCGGAUGAAUUGCCGGAGGACGAAGGAUGGAAGCUGAAUCGGACUAAUUACUAUCAAGAAGGAUGGCUGGCUACGGGUAAUGCCCGAGGAUUGGUCGGAGUAACAUUUACUACCUCGCAUUGUCGCACUAGAGCAACAGAACUUCCCCUCCGAGCGAAUUAUAACCUCAGAGGUCACAGAAGUGAGGUGAUACUGGUGAAAUGGAAUGAACCCUAUCAAAAAUUGGCUUCGUGCGACAGUUCGGGAGUAAUUUUUGUAUGGAUCAAAUACGAGGGAAGAUGGAGCAUUGAAUUAAUAAAUGACAGAAGCACACCUGUCACUCAUUUUUCUUGGUCGCAUGAUGGAAGAAUGGCACUUAUUUGUUAUCGGGACGGGUUUGUUUUGGUGGGAAGCGUCGCUGGUCAAAGGUACUGGUCAUCAAUGCUAAAUGACAAAGCGAUUAUAACUUGCGGAAUUUGGACACCUGAUGAUCAACAGGUCUAUUUUGGAACAACAGCGGGGCAAUUGAUAGUAAUGGACGUGCAUGGUGCUAUGGUCUCCGAAGUUCAAUUAGGAGCUGGUGUGACAUCCAUGGCAUGGAGCGCUGAAAAAUUUAAAAUGGAAGAAGGUGAAGACGACGGUCCUGAUGAAAGAAGUUACGUGUUAGCUGUUUGCCUUGCUGAUGGGAAUAUUGUGAUGUUAAAAUCUUUUGAUGAUGUGUCGCCCAUUACGAUAAAAACCAGUCUAAAAGCGCCUUUACACGCAGAAUGGAGUAAUUCACGAAAGCUCUUGGCAAUUGCCGGGAUUAAAGAGUCCGAUGUCUUUCAAUCUAGUCCACAGGUGUAUACGAAUCUCUUGAAAUUUUACUCAGAUACAGGAAUGCUGGUUUAUUCAACAGCUAUUCCAUACACACAGUGUCAAGUAUCAGCUUUGACUUGGGGCCAUAAUGAUAGGAGACUUUUUGUAGCAACUGGUGCACGUGUUCAUGCUGCGUGGGUGUCUAGAAGAGUUGGCUCUCUUCAACUUUUGUCGAGACUUGCUGUAAGGGCGGCCCUUACUAAAGAAUCCAGUGUGCAACAACUACCAUUACCACCAAGACUGAGAGCUCUAGUUGCUGCACUCUUUGCCAGCACGAUAAGAUGUUGCGUUCCUGAGCCGAGAGAUUUAAGAAGAUUUGUUUCAAGGCCACCACCAGGAGGUGGAAGAUUACAUUGUACAAUGUUGAGACACGCGGGUGAACCAGCGCCUUGUUAUACUCUCUAUUUGGAAUAUUUAGGCGGCCUAGUACCUCUUCUCAAAGGCAGAAGAACAAGUAAAAUUCGUCCUGAAUUUGUGAUAUUCGAUCCUCAAAGUCAAGGCUCUUGCCACUUUUUGGAUUACAACACUUCUCAAUAUCCUGUGUUCAGUGAUGGAUCGGACACAGAGAGAGAUACCGCUGAUUUAUGUGGAUCACCAAGAAAUAGACGGAAAAACAGAAGAAGACGUGAGGAGAAAUAUUGCGAGGAAACUGAUGAUCUUGCUUAUGUGGACACAUUGCCCGAACAUGCAAGGUUGGUCGAAGUAACAUCGAACAUCUGGGGCACGAAGUUCAAAAUUCACGGUCUAGCGGAUUCGAUACCAGCAAACUUAGGUCAAGUGACUUAUAGAACAUCUUUACUGCACCUGCAACCGAGACAAAUGACUUUAGUUAUAACAGAGCUUAGGGACGAUUUACCUGCAGGUCCAGAUCCAAGUUUUAAUCCAAAUCUCUUCUCCGAAGAUGAGGAAGAAACUUUUCAGGAACCACAAAGCACUUCGAGAAAUUCGACAGAAGUUCAACCGCCGCCAAUUGCUCCGAUGACACCCCGAGCAACGAGACUGAGUUCCAAUCGUCCAAAGUCUCAAAUUUCGAAUCAAUUUCUAGCCAACGAGUCACUUUCACCAGCAUUGGCACGCGCGGAAAGUUAUGAGGAUGAAUUCCCUUAUGGAGAUCUACAGGAAAUUGUCAUUUGUGACAAUGUGAAAGUUGCUGUGAAUAACACUUAUCGAACACCGCCUAGACACAAUGCCCCAAGAUGCUGUGAUGUACCAACUCUUCAAUCACCGAAAAAUGCCGUUGCACCAACGCAAACUUUAAUUGCCACAUCGAAUCCAAGUACAGAUUAUACCGGAAGUAUUCAAAGAGUGAAAACAGCAUUGGCCGAUCAGCAAACAAAUUUAAACAUUAAAAAAGAAUUGGAAAACAAUAAAAUCAAUGACGAGAAAUUAAAUCACUCCAUUAUUUCCACAUCGAUCCAAAAUGGACAAUUAUCUAACGGAACAUCUGGCUUACGAUCACAAAAUUCACUUCUACACAGUCUCAGCACAAGCAGCACAAUAAAUCAACCAAUUUAUCUGAACGGCUCUUCGAGUUGCUCCAAUGGUGGAACGAGUUCAAUUCAAGCUUCGCAAAAUUUUGUGAAUUCAAAAAAUAGUUUAAACAGUGGAACUGUGAAUAAUUCGGGAAAAAUUGUUGGCACCAGUAAUGGAUCAAUUUCGCCAACAUGUUGUCAUCAAACACCGGGCAAUUCGAGUCAAACACCAUGUCAAUGUAACUCGAAAAGAAAGGAUGGAAAUUAUUUGAAAUUUCUCGGUAAAGCAAAUCAAUCGACAAAAUUCGACGAAUGCAAAUAUAUCGACGAAGAGGUGCGUCUCGAUUUUGAGGGUCUCAAUCAGCAACGCGUUGUUCAUCGAACACCAACGGUGAUGAGUAUUGGCCCCCUAUGUUCGGCCGAUUCAAUAGUUCGUAGUUGUAGCGUUGGUUAUUUGGAUUUAGUUGACGCUCAAUUGGUUCCUUGUGACGUGGCCUUGAAAAUGCUCAGGAAGGAUGCGCCAAAUAAAAGACUCAUUCUCGUUUCGAGGAAGCCAAAGAAGCGGAAAAAAAAUAAAGCACACAAUGAAAUUGGCCAACAAAUUGCAAAACCACCGCGACUCAGGAAUUGUGGUAAAUCGAGAAGUCUCGAUUCAAGCGAUAUAUUUCCAAGUACAGAGCAAAUAUCUUUACCGCCAAAAUUACCGGAACACGCUGAAGAAACACAGGGAAAUGGGAAUUCUGAAGGAAAUGAAAAUAUCAACGAUUCUAAAAUUGUUGUUAAAGAAACAAUUGCAAACUUGGAAGAAAGUCAAACGAAAAGAAUGGACACUUUGGAAGUGAAGACAAAAUCGGGUCAAUCGGAAGUUUGUGCAUCUCCUGCCAGAGUUUCGAGUGCAAGUGGAUCGGUUGCUUCAUCUUUGGAUGGAUUGGCAGCAAGGCUUAAAGACUUUGACGAAAGUCAUUCUUUACCGCCACCGUCACCUCGUCCAUCAACAAGGUUACCAAGAAGUUCACCAAGUAGUCCAGCUCCUUCGAAAAAAGGAAAAAGACCAGCCUCUGCUUCUCCAAUCAGAAGACGACUUCUUUCUAGUCCUUUAUUAAGUCGAAGAGGUCGAAGAAAUCGAAAUGAAAGUUCAGAUGAUGAAGGUCCAGCCCAAGAUGAAACGUCAAGAAGCUAUCGAGAUCUCGAGACAUUCCAGAAGGCACAACUUCGUCAAAAGUUGAAACAAAGAGCUGGAGGAGGACAGAAACCGGAAGUGGUUCGAAGAGAAUUAGUGAUGCAUAAUAAAGCACCGAUGUGGAAUGAAUCUAGUCAAGUUUAUCAACUCGAUUUUGGUGGACGGGUCACUCAGGAAAGUGCGAAGAAUUUCCAAAUUGAAUUCAGAGGAAAACAGGUUAUGCAAUUUGGAAGAAUAGACGGAAAUGCGUACACAUUGGAUUUCCAAUAUCCUUUUAGUGCUUUACAAGCUUUUGCUGUUGCCCUGGCGAACGUAACGCAACGGCUCAAGUAACCGUCAAUCCCUAGUUGUCUACGCGAAAUUUGGAAUACGAGUUCUAGUCAAAUAAAGAAAAUUAGAAAACUCAACGUGGGAACUUCCUGAAAAAUUUUAUUAACAGAAUUGGGCGUGAAACGAUAAAAUGGUGAAUAUUCUGAAUUGAAGACUCAUCUUGUUAAGUAAAUCAAGUGUUAUGAUGCGCGAAAAAAAGUAUUAUUUUCUUCUUUAACAACAACUAUAAACAAUUUUUUUGGAAAAAAAGAAGAAUUUUCAACAAAAAAAAUGCUUCGUUUACGAUAUACGUUCACCCAAGUACCGUCCAGUACAUUUUCUCAUUUUCUUUUUAUUUCCCCGAUUUCGAGCGCUGAUUUUUGUAUAGUUUAUGCGUCGAGUUAAAAUAUAGUAAUGCUGUUGAAAAGUAAAA